AUGUCAUCCACCUUCAAUUUCAACAAGGAAUGGGAACUCUCUCUGGAGAAACAGCUGUCACGCCUGGGAAAGAAACGACGCCAAGUUUGUUCCUUAACAUACGAUGACUUUAAUAUCAGGGUCAACAAGGCUAGCGAGGCAUAUAGCAAGUCAUCUGCCUUGACUAGUAUCCAUAAGCUACAGCGCGUACUUGACCAGUUGAACACUUUCACCAAGGCCAUCACUUCGAUCGUGCAAUCGUCUCCAGAGCUCACCGGUUUUAUCUGGGGAUCGAUACAGGCUGUUAUAACGGUAGCGAGCCGAUUUACAAAUCUUUUGGCCCUGAUCACGGACAUGCUCUACGAACUCGCGUCGAUGGUCGUGCAGCUAAAUCGCUAUCUCGACAUCUUCCCAGAAUCAGAAGAAAUGCAGCAAUGUACCCGCUUUCUUAUAGACGAUUUCGUCGGGUUCUCGAUCAGUGCACUAUCGUUUUUCAAUAAAUGGCCCAUAUAUAACUUAUUGAGGCUCUUUUGGUCAAACAUUGACAAGAAGUUUGAGGCAACCAAGUCAAAUAUAAGCAAGCACUAUACUCAGUUUCAGCGAGUUCGCCAGCUCGAGGUUGACCUCACUUUAAUCGACAGCUCGAAGAAAAUAACAGAGAUACUCCCAACAGUGAAGAUCUUGCCAUCUGACCCGUCCAAACUAUUCGAGGUUCCACUGAUUCGGAAUCCCCACUUCUCCGAGAGAGAAGAUGAGUUGUUACGUGUCCGGGACUCUCUCAAUGUCUCUGGAUCAAAUGGCGUCAAAGAACAAAGAGCUUGUCUCCUGCAAGGUCUUGGUGGCAUAGGUAAGACCGCAAUCGCAUUAGAGUACGCUUACCGGUACCGAGACGAAUAUAACUAUGUCUUCUGGAUACCGGCGGAAACAAAUCUUGACAUUACCAACGCUAUAGGAAAAAUAUCCCUAAAGCUAGGCUUAACUUCGCCAGAGACUAUUAACAAGGAACCUCAACAUGAGGUCGAAAGGUUCCGCUACUGGCUUGAAGGUCUAACUACAAGCUGGCUCCUUAUCCUCGAUAAUGUCGAAGAUCAUAGAGUCGUAUCUCCGGUUUGGUCUCAGGCUGGCCUUGGACAUGUUCUGCUUACUUCCCAAAAGUCAGAACUAGCUCAGGCAUGUUGCUCAACUGUUUUGGUACGACCUCUGGAUGAAGUCUCCGGGCCUCGCUUCUUCUUAAAACAAAUGGCAAUAGCGCAGUCAUACAUGCUGUCGCCAUCAAAUCAGGGCUCGAAUGUCCUCCAUUCAGCUGAUGAUGAGAACCAAAAACUAGCCCAAAUGAUAUCGGCUGAACUGAGCGGUAUUCCAUUAGCGAUCAUUUUUAUUGCGGGCAACUUUUCGACCAUGCCUCUAGACGCAAUUCUUGACGACCUGAAGCAGUACGGCUUGUUUACUGCUGCCGUCGCCCCAGACAGUUCAACUGUUCUAGUGCACUACGGCAAACCAUUCGGAAAAACAUGGGAUAUAGCCGAGAACCAGCUCGCCCCAUCAUCCAUCUUAUUGCUGCAUGUGUUGGCCAUGCUUGGCUCCACUGGCGUGUCAGAAGCCAUCAUCUUCGCCGGCCAACAAGACCCAGACCUUUCAAUAUUCGGUGCUACCUCUAGAGGGCAGUACGCAAUCCCCGCCAAUUCCGAAUUACGUGGACAGUGGAGCCGACACCUCGUGGAGCGGCAAAGCUCGGACGGAGGGGCAUACCUCCUUAUGCACAGAGUAGUUCAAAAGAACAUACUUGAGCGGUUGAAAGCGAGACCAGACGCUUUUGGAAAAGCCUUUGAUGCAGCCUUUAAACUCCUGCUCAGAGUGUUUCCGAAGCAAUCUCCGGUACAGGCGCCGCAGAAUGAUCUAUGGCAGACAAGAUCGCUCAUCACACCUCAUAUCCUUAGCCUCUGCACUGUAUUUGAAUCAUACCAAGCGUGCUUAACAGCCAUUGGAAUUGAUUUUGCUGAAAUGGUCACUGCUGCCAGCGGGUAUUUUUGGGAGGCGGGCCUUUACGGAGACGGUUCUCAUACGAGCGACAUAGCUGUUGCGAUCUGCGACAAGCUUGGGAACCACUUGUCAUCCAAAAAAGCAAAUACGUACGCGAUAUCAUCCGCAGUCCGGCUCGUCCAUGGAAUUUCCUCGCGCCGCAAGGCCCAAGAUUUGGCAAAGAAAGCUUUGCAUAUGCGGCAGCACCAUUUGCACACACAAGGGUCAGAGUCAGUCACGGAUGAAGAUGUCACUUGUUGGGGUAAUGCGUGGAAUGACGUUGGCUGGACCCUUCUCGAUGCUGGGUCUUACCAGGAAUCUCUGGAGCCACUCUAUCUUGCAUGGGAUCAGAGGAAGUCAUCUGUCCUCUGCCAGAGAGAGUACAACCAUAUCCCCAACUCCCCAAUGAAUGUUGCUGUGGCCCUGGCAGGAAUGGGAAGGUACGAUGAGGCUAUCGCGCUCGCUACAGCAACGGUUGAGAAGGUCGACAAGGCCUUUGACCAAAAAUGUGCCCUUUCUCAAGAAGUGCACUUUUACCUGGCGUGUAUUCUGGUUUCUGCCGGGAGAUAUGAAGAAGCCUUUGAAGAAGCCAGAAACGUGCAUUCAAGAAGGGUAGAGACUUUUGGAAAAUCGAGCAGGCCUACUUCCGACGCAGCAUAUAUUCUUGCAACUAUAGAACAUAAGAGGGGCAACAUGGAGCCUGCUGCAUCAAUCCUCAAGAUGACCAUUUCACAACCUAAUGGCUGGACCAGAGAGACAAAAGCUCGUGCAAAGUACAGAUUAGGAAUUAUCCUUACUGACCUGCAACGAGAAAAAGAGGCUGCGCCGUUGAUAAAAUCAGCACAAGACAGCCUUGCAUCACUCUGGGCUCUUUAUGCAGAGCCAUGGAUGGAGUUGACCGAAGUCGACGAGGAGAUAGCAUUCGACCUGUUGGCUGCCAUGUCAUCAGGAAGAUCAACAUUGGGCAAAGGGUCUGUUCGUAGCGACCCCAGACUGGGCAUACUCCUUUCCCUAUGUACCCUUGAUCAGGAUAAGGAUUGGCUUGCAUGGGUUGAAAGCAUAAGCUAG